AUGGAUACCAACUUCCAAAUGUACCAACCUUCAAAUGCCUUCUAUAAUCCAAAUCAAGGAGUUUUUGGAGUUCACGGAGAGCAGCACAUGCCAUUCUACCCACUAAUUCAACCUGAAAUUAGAAUUAAGCUAAAAAAUCAGGACCAAUGGAUGCACCUACACAAAACCAAAGGAGGAAAUGAGAUGAUUGUGGGAGUUCAUGGAAGAGCAAUGUUCCCCAGAAUCCAGUUCGAGGCCACUAACCUCGUCUGGUCCAAAAUGUAUACAUUUGGAAUGAAAAUGGUAUUAUGCAAGCGAAAAAAGUUUGUGUAUGACAAGAAGACCGGAUGGGUUUGCGAUGAGAAUUCUGAAGAAAUGCCAAUCGGAGAGUCUAAUGAAGUUUACACAUUGAGCAAGUCUGGAAGUUAUUUCAUGGACUUCGGCAUCGAUUUCCAACACGUCAAGAUCUACAAUGAAAAAACUUUGAACGAGAUUUCUUCCAAACCUUCGAAAGUCAACAAGGCUACUUCCUGUGAAGUCUAUCUGAAUUGCAAGUAUAUUCCAGUAUUGACAAUUUACGAGGAAGACUGCAGAACCGUCAUUCGUCAAUUCCAAUUCGAAGAAACUCAGUUUGUAGCUGUUUCGGCAUACAAGGGUGAGGAUGUUAAAGAUUACAAGUCUUCUAGCAAUAAAUUUGUGCGUGGUGGGUACAGAAAUCGAAAGGGCAGAAGAGAGGAGGAAGAAGCAUCUCAAGCUGCACCCAAUGAUUCUUCUGAAGCCCCAGGUGCUUCUCCUUCUUCUAAUCUCAAAAGAGCUGGCUCACCAUUGAAUGCUCCUAAAAAAGCCAAGAGAUCCAAAAAGAAUAAAAAUGAGCUAAAAGGAUUACAAGCUACUGGAACUCCGGCACCUUCUGGAUCCACGACAAAUUCAAUGCCAUCUACCUCAUCUGAACCCAUCCAGAAUACCUUCGGAUCUCCACAAUCACUAAAUGGAUAUCAUAACUUGUCUGGAUUUGACUCCACUAAUACGUCGAUCUCCUCCAACAUGCCUAGAACUUCCUUAUCUCCUCCUAUCAAUGAAAAUCGUGAUCCAGCUGUCCCCAGUUACAAUCAGAUGAUUCAACCACAAGCAUCAGCAUUAUUUGGAGAGUCUCAACAAUAUUUCGGAUAUGGAUGCGAUUCUGCUAACACAUCGGCUUCUUCCGCAAUCAAUAAUCUAUCGAUGUCCCCUCCAAUGGCGUUCAAUGAGAAUCAGGAUCUAUCUCUGAUGCCACCACAAGUCUUCCAGGAUCCCAUGAUCAACUACAGUACCCCAUCGACUUCCAACACAAACCACAUGCUGGAUACGAAUUACUUUGUGAACGAAGCCACCAAAUUCUGGAAUCAGAUGAAUGAAGUGGAGUUCAAGACUGCUGCACCAAAUCCAUAUCAAUUCAAUUAUCAUCAAAAUAACUACAUAGCUGAAAUUUCUGGGUUUCAUGAUAUCGAGUUGGUGGAGCUUCAUGCAGCUCGGACUGCAAUAAAAAUGGCGAAGAAACAAAAAUAUACAAAGAUUCGAAUCCUCACUGGAAUGACUAUUGUUUGGGACUUCAUAAAGAACUCUGCCAACUUCGCAAACGCUCCUCUACAAGUGCGCCCUAUCGUACAAGCUAUACAUGCACAUAAAGAGUUUAUCAUUAUCAAAGUGAAACUUAUCGCUGGAAAAGAAAAUAUUGAAAACUGA